AAACUCUUGCAUCAAUGUAAAUAAACAAAAGAUAAUACAUGUGUAUUCAAGAUUUAAAACCCCAGGAAUUGUAGAUUAUCAGAACGAUUAUCAGGUGGUUGCCGGUACCGUAUGCUACCAGAAAUAUCAACGUUAAAUUGAAAAAAAUCCUUUGGUAUUAAAAAACUCCAAUAUGUUAGAAGCUAUUCUGUAUCAGAGGGGAAAAUUAGAAAUUCUUGAUCAACUCCUUUUGCCUGCUGAAACAUCCUAUGAUAAUAUAACCUCUGUACAAGAAGGAUGGGAUGCUAUUAAAUCUAUGAAGGUUAGAGGUGCUCCUGCUAUUUCAAUAGUAGCUGCAUUAAGUCUAGCAAUAGAAUUAGUCAAAAAGGAUUUUAGCUCUAAAUAUGAUCUGCAUGAUUUUAUAAUCAAGAAUUUAAACUACUUAUUGACAUCUCGUCCAACUGCAGUGAAUCUGAGCCAAGUUGUAAAACUAAUUACCAGUUUAUCUGAGCAAUAUUUAAAGGAUGACAGCCUAACAGAAAAUGCAAUAAAAGAAAGAUUGCUGACAGAAAUGGAAAAGCUACUCGCUAGCGAUAUUCGAAUCAAUAAAAGUAUAGGUGAAUAUGGUGGUAAACAUAUUUUGGAAAAUUGCUCAAAACCAAUUAAUAUUUUAACUCACUGUAAUACUGGAAGCUUGGCAACUGCAGGAUAUGGGACGGCUCUAGGUGUCAUCCGUUGGUUGCACCAGAAUAAUGAGCUGCAUCAAGCAUUCUGCACUGAAACCAGGCCAUAUAACCAAGGUGCAAGAUUAACAGCAUAUGAAUUGGUGCAUGACAAAAUACCAUCAACAUUAAUAUGCGAUAGCAUGGUGGCUUCCCUCAUGAAAUCUGGAAAAGUAUCUGCUGUGAUUGUUGGGGCUGAUCGAGUUGUUCUCAAUGGCGACACAGCAAAUAAAAUUGGUACCUAUCAAAUAGCUGUUUGUGCCAAAUAUCAUAACAUCCCAUUUUAUGUUGCAUGCCCAAGGAGCACUCUAGACUUUUCUUUAGAAUCUGGAAACAUGAUUCCAAUUGAAGAAAGACCAUCACAGGAAUUGCUCUGCAUAAAUAAAACUAGAAUUGCAGCUGAAGGAAUUAACUGCUGGAAUCCUGCUUUUGAUGUAACACCAGCUUCUUUAAUAACUGGAGGUAUUAUUACAGAAAUUGGAGUGUUUUCUCCUAGCAGUCUGAAAGAUAAUAUAGAAAAAUUAUCAAAUGCUGAUCUUUUUAAAUAAUUCAUUCAAUGGUAAUUUUUUAUUAUUAUAAUCAUAUUUUUGUUAUAACAUUUCAAAUGUUUUAUCUCAAAACCUUUAUAUUUAAAGGGAUGAAUUGUAUUUCGGGGAAUUGUUCGAAAUAUA